AUGUUAUAUUCACUGAUUAUAGCAAAGCUUUCGAAAGCGUGGAUCAUGGGACCAUAUUAUUCUUGCGGAGGAUCACUUAUCAGCCAAUGGUUUGUUUUAACUGCAGCUCAUUGCAUCCACAACGAAAAAGGUUGGCAAAUUCAGUAUAGUGCGUGA